AAGGUGUGCACCACCGCCUGGCUUGUUUGGUUUUUUGAGACAGGAUUUCCCUGUGUAACCCUGGCUGGCCUGGAACUCACAGAGAUCCCCCUGCAUCUGCCUCAAGUGCUGGGAUAAAAGGCACGUACCAGAGGCGUGGUGGUGGUGCGUGCGGAGCUCUGCCCGUCCUUUCCUGUCCUGACUCACCGCUGUUCGCUCCUGCCGAGGAACAAGUCUGUCAGGAAGACUCUCCACAGCCAUGGCUUUUAAAGACACUGGGAAGACGCCCAUGGAACCCGAGGUGGCGAUUCACCGGAUUCAGAUCACGGUCAUCAGCCGCAGCGUGAAGUCGCUGGAGAAGGUGUGUGCCGACCUGGUCAGAGGCGCGAAGGAGAAGAAUCUUUAGGUAAAGGGACCGGUGCGCAUGCCUACUAAGAUGCUGAGAAUCACGACAAGAAAAACACCUUGUGGAGAAGGUUCUAGGACAUGGGAUCGUUUCCAGAUGAGAAUCCACAAGCGACUGCUUGAUUUGCACAGUCCUUCCGAGACUGUCAAGCAGAUCACGCCCAUCAAUAUUGAGCCAGGAGUGGAGGUUGAAGUCACUAUUGCAGAUGCCUGAGUCAACUUUUUUUUUUUUUUUUUUUUU